UAAUAAACAACUACAAAUAUCUCUCUCACACUCCUUCACGCCUCUACUUCGAUCUCACCGAUCUCUCUCUCCCUCUCCGAAACCUAAACCUCCAACUGAGAAGGAGAAGAAGGAGAAGAAGAAGAUGGCGCCGCCAGUGGCAGCGGCAGCGGAUGGUCAAGUCCAAGGAGGACAGCAGCAAGGAAGAGGCGGAGGGUUUGGUCAGAGCAUCACUGGAAUCAUACGGAUGGCUGUGUUUUGGUACUUCGCUUCCAAAUUCUUUUCUCCCAAGAAGGCUCCUUCUGACCCCUCUCAGCUCAGCUCCAAUCUCUUCCAAAAGGCUGAACCCCUGGAUAUGUGGUUGUAUAUUUCCGAACGCGAGAAGUUCAAUGAAUUCGGCAGUGAACGUGAACUUGUGUGGCAUGAAACUAAUAUCCCGUAUGCUGUCUGGGGGCCAGAGAGUACCCGGACUCUGUCUACGAAGUACUAUCCAUCUGAGGCCUUAAAGCACAAUGGAAGUCUCUAUGCUCAUGUUUUCUUUGCACGCUCUGGAUACCCUCCAGACCCAACUGAUCCGGAAUAUCAGCCUCUUGCUGCAUUUGGAAAGACACACUCUAUUGUGACACACCUGCCAAAGUCGAAAGCUGAUAAAAAGAGGAGUUUGCUGGGGGGCUCAAAAGAUUCUGAUGAGAAGGAACCACUUGUUGAGGUAGUUGAUGAUACUCAAGGUGAUUCUGAAGAUGAUGGUCCUGUGGAGUGGGUAUCAUAUUGGAAACCAAAUAUUACUAUUAAUUUGGUCGAUGAUUUUACACGGUACCCUCAUAAUGCUGUUCCACCUAAUGUUGCCCCUUACUUGAAUGUUGAGCCUAGUUCAGGGGACUACUUUCCAACCAUUUUCUUCAAUGAAUUUUGGUUACUUCGAGAUAAGUUGAUACCAAUUAAUGAGACGGUGAAAGAAUUACCUCUAAAUCUGGAGAUAGGUCCCAUAAGCAUGACCAAAUGGCAACUAUUCCUGCAGAUUGAUCAGUCUUUCCAGAUUCACCGUAGUUAUGGAAGCAUGCUCGAGGGUGAGGCUGAUGAACUGAAGAGAGUAUUCUUGGAAGGAAACCCCUACCUCCUUGUAAUCACAAUGGUUGUUUCUUUACUUCAUUCAGUGUUUGACUUCUUGGCAUUCAAGAAUGAUAUUCAAUUCUGGAACAAAAAUAAAUCUAUGGAAGGACUAUCUGCAAAGUCUGUUAUUGUGAGCUUCAUAUGUCAGCUCAUUGUCUUCCUCUAUCUACUUGAUAAUGAUACUUCAUGGAUGAUACUUGCAAGUUCUGGAAUUGGCUGCUGCAUUGAGUUUUGGAAAAUUGGGAAGGCGAUGCACAUAGAGAUUGAUAGAACCGGGAGGAUACCUAAGUUGAGGUUCCGAGACCGUGAGUCAUAUGCAGGGAAUAGGACAAAAGAAUAUGAUGAUAUGGCAAUGAAGUAUUUGUCAUAUGUGCUCUUCUUCCUUGUUGCAUGCUCUGCUAUUUACUCGCUUAAGUAUGAGCGUCACAAGAGCUGGUAUUCUUGGAUUCUGUCUUCACUCACAAGCUGUGUCUACAUGUUUGGUUUUAUUAUGAUGUGCCCUCAAUUGUUCAUUAACUAUAAGCUGAAGUCAGUGGCUCAUAUGCCAUGGAGGCAGAUGACAUACAAGUUCCUCAACACCAUCAUUGAUGAUCUAUUUGCCUUCGUCAUAAAAAUGCCAAUGCUACAUCGCCUUUCGGUCUUCCGUGAUGAUGUCAUAUUUCUGAUAUACGUAUACCAGAGAUGGGUCUACCCAGUGGACAAGAAGCGUGUCAAUGAAUUUGGUUUCAGUGGUGACGAUGAGGUCACGGGUGGUGCAGAGGUCACGGAUGGUGCAGAUGUCACUGCUGUUAAGGAAGAAGAAGAGAAGAAAACCAAAUAAGCUGUGAUGUUUUAUAGAUGAUUUCGGUUUUGUACAACGAAUUGUAACUCAAUUAGGGUAAACAUUAUUCUCUAAAUCUUGUUUUCUCCUUUUGGGUUUACGUAUUUAAGUUAGGUCUUGUUUUAGUAAAGGUUUGGUUGCAGGCCUUGGCCGGUAGGGUAAGCUGUUCCGAGUAGGUGAUCAUAUUUUGGUCUGGUUGGAGGGAGUGUUCUAACUUGGUCCUUUGUUUGAGCAUGUUCACUUUUCUGUCCCAUUGAUAAUGCCACAUUUUGAAAUUUCA